AAUGUGGUGCGCAUAAAUGAGGACCCCAAGGCCAAGCUUAUCAGACGUAAUUAUCCUGUCAUAUAUAUAUAUAUAUAUAUAUAUAUAUAUAUAGUUGUUUGGUAUAAAGUAUUGAAAUAAUAUAGUGUAAUUUAUUGUAUUACCAUUGUAUAAUAUAUUAGAGUAGUACAGUAUAAAAUAUAUAUAGUAUUUAGAGUAACAGAAAGUGUGAAAUUUGGGUUUUCCCCCAUCCUUGUUUGAAGUUUCCUCUUUAUAGUAUCUCUGAAUGGAGCUGUCUUAAUGAAUAUAUAUCUUUUAUAACAUCUGCUAAUGGAGCUGUCUUGAUAUCUUUUUUUUUCUAUAGUAUCUGCUAAUGGAGAUCUCUUGAUAAAUAUAUAUAUUUUAUAUCCCAAUUGUUUUGAUUUGCUGGUACUCAGAACUCCGCACAGAGAUAGAACGGUUGCGAACAGAGCAAGGAGGAGCUAUGAAUGAGGAGGCUCUGGCAGCCAGUAUGGCAGAGAUUGCCAGACUAAAGUACGAGAUGGAAGAGCUCAGCAGGUCACUGCAGGAACGGCUGAGACAAGCGGAGGCCAAGAAAGCUGAGGAGCUUAAGCUCAUGGAGGUGGGUGCUCUUAGAAAUGUCUGGAUAAACUUUUUGUGAGGGUGUGGUGUGGCCUGGAUGUGUGGUGGAGACACAACAAAGUAACAGCCAGUGUUUGCACACAACAUAACUUAAUUAACUGACAAACAAAUAAGGAUAUUACUUUAAGUUUUUUUGGUUUUUUUCGUUCAAACACCUGUAUCUAUCCAUAUUUUAACAUACAUUUUUGCUCAGCUUAGACAUUUUUAAAAUCCUGCGCAAAGUUGAUGUCUUAUUAAGAACUGAACAAUUUUCUUGCUGGCCAUUGUCCAUACUAAAUGAAUGUUUUCUCAUGGCUGGGAACAACUUCUGAUAAUUCAUACCCCGUUUUUAUUUUGUUUUGACAAAUGCAAUACAGAGCAGCCAGAAUUAACAAAUUAAAAUGUACAAAGCGUCAUUUAGUUAUCACACAAUAAAAGAAUUGCCCAAACUAAAUUUGAAUAAUUUGUACUUUCUACUUGUAACCAAUCCAUUGUAUCAGGAAAUCAAAAUUUUGAACAGUAUCCAACUUGGACUAGUCAACAAGCUCUGGAUAUCUGUAUAUAUGAGCUUCACAGGCAACUCAGUUGUUGUUGUGUUUUUUUUUAUUGUUCUGUUUUUAUCUCUUACUAUUGACUAACUCUUCACAGCGAGCUGGUAUCACAUUCAAAGUUGACAACACGCUACCCAACCUUGUCAACUUAAAUGAAGACCCGCAGCUUUCGGAGAUGUUACUUUAUGUCAUCAAAGAAGGGGAGACAAGAGUUGGACGUUGCAUAGAUGACUCACGCCAUGACAUAAAACUUACAGGUGCACUCAUUGCAGAUAACCAUUGGUAAGGGCUUGGUUAACUCUACCGACGACUCAUAUCAGAGUCGUGCACUGGUCUUACUUUGGCUUUUACCACUUUCAUUUUGAUAUUUUAAUAAAAAUUAUAAUAUUGUUUCUCUAAUUGAUUAAAAAUUAUUUAUUUUUCUUUUCAGCCAGGAACAAUUAAAAUGAAACAAACAAAAAUAAUUAAGUUUGUUAGUUUCAGACUAAAUGUUUUCUCUUUAAAAAAAACUUUAAAUAAAAUAUUGAUUUGUGUGAGCUUUUUGUGUACAAGUUUAUAUGAGUGGGGCGGAGGUGAUAUGAAAAGAUGUCUUUAUUUUAAAAUCAGAAAUCAGAGUAUUAUUUUAUUAGUCUGUGUUGUGUUUAUGCAAUCCUUUCAUUGAAAGAUGGUGAGACACAGUCCUGUCAAUAAGAGAAACAAUGUUUGUGGGAUAUUGAUAAAAAAAAAAUUUAAGUUGAAACAAAUAAAAAAUACUAUAAAAAGAUGACCUCUCCCUUCCAGCACAAUCACCAACAGCAAGGGAGUCGUAGAGAUCACGCCCAUAGGGGAUGCCCCGACCUAUGUAAACGGUGAUCUUGUCUCGCAGGCGGUAGUUUUGCAACACGUGAGUAAAUCUGUCAUAGCAAAUCUGUCACAACGGUCUUGUAGUAAAUAAAUCUCUCACGUCAAUGUUUGUCGUAAAUUUUGUCUAUGGCCAGUGUAUAUUUAUUUAUUAUCAACUGCUGUCACAAUAAAAUUUGCUUAUUCUUGCUUAAGUAGAGAAGAAUGUGGGACUUCAAUCAAAAAGCUACCUUGUUUACAUAAUUCAAAAGCUGCACAUGUUUGUUUUAAAGGUUAAAUUUUUAAAAAAAAAACUCAUUUUUUAUUUAAUUUAAAAUAUAAUUUCUUAUAUAACAUUCCAUUGUUGACUCCACAUUUUUUUAAUUACAAUUUAGUAAUGGUAUAUAUUAUGUGAAAUCAAAAGUUUUUUAUUUACUAGAAAUUCUAUACUAAACUGAGGCAAAUCAACAAGUGGGGUAAUUAUUUCAUGCUGCCGUAUCAAAUAUAGUUUUUAUUCUUAAUUGCAGGGGGACAGAGUUAUUCUCGGUGGUGACCACUACUUCAGGUAA